AUGUUUAUUGGACACUAUGGAUUUGCAUUGAUUGUCAAAGUCUGGGAACCAAAGAUCCCUUUAACGUUUCUCGGAUUUGCUUCGCAGCUCCUUGAUUGGAUAUGGGCAAUUUUGGUCACAUUACAAAUCGAAAAAGUAAAAUAUGAGAUAGGAUAUACGAAAACAAAUAAUUUGCAUUGUUAUUCGAUGCCAUACUCGCAUUCAUUACUUGCGGCCAUAAUAUGGAGUAUAACACUUGCGAUAUGGCAUAGAUUAUUCUCGGGAGGCAGAAAUAAAGAAGCCGCGUUAGUUGGACUUGUUGUCUUUUCACACUGGAUUGAAGAUUUUAUAUGCCACAAAGAAGCACGAAAAUGA